AGUGAUGAAGUAACGGCAGACCGAGUGGCGUCCUUUUGCGAAUCCGCCGUCUCGCGUAAAUUCUUUUUGUUUUCAUUUACGAUCCGGUAGUGUGUAGAAAGUUUACAAUUUUUUUGGCGAAAUCGUGAAAAAAUUGUGAUAUUUAGAAAAUGUGAUUUAUGAUUGAGUUUUAGUGACAGUUAUGUUUUUAUAUAGUCGAAGCUGUAACAAGACAAAUCCUCUAAAAAGAGAUGAACCAUAAAACUGGACCAGAUUGGACCAAUGACAUAUAGUGCGCGAAGCAGUUCGGAAAAUGAGCCGAGACGAAAUGCAGUUAAGAGAUAGAUUGCUUAUGCUCUCGGAUCCACAUAAGCCUUUUAAUGUUAAAAGAAAACCCACUCUCACUAAACAAUCUUCAAAAUCAGGUCCUAAACUUAGCGUACAAGAUUUCGUUCGAAUGGAUCCAGGAUAUACUCCAGAUAUUGAGCAUCUCGUAUUUCCGAUGAGAAAAAGAAACCCUCAACAAGUAGCCCCGAUCAAUCCUCCUCAAUCAAAAACUAGGUCCCGAUUGGCUGAAAUGUUUGCUCUUAGCAGACAUUUGCAGCAGAAGUCAUCCAUUGAUAAGGAUUCCAAAAGGAGUUCAGUAGUAAGUAGAAGUGUCGACAGUGUUCUCGAUUCUACCUCGCCAUUGCGAAACUCUAGAGCUGUCACAUCGGAAACGGCACGUCGAUGGGUGUCAAGUGUUGAAGAAGCUGUCUUUCAGGUUCAAAGGGAUACCAAUAGAACACAAACAUCAUCUCAUCCUCCUAGUAGGCAGAGCUCUACAAAAGUCAGUCCCGCUGCUGAAACUGAUAGAGGACCGAAUAUUUCUGUACUGCAUGUUCGAAAUACAACAGAUCCUUGGGAAACCAAAACAACAACCAACCUCACCUAUUCUUCUAACUCUAACCACGCUGCUAAAAAUUAUUUUUCGAGAGGGGCGGCAUCUAGUUUACCUCCUCUCACGAAACAUCAGUCUCUCAGUGGUCCAACUGGAGCCUAUAAAUGGCAGAAUUCGCCCAGCUUCCAUACAACGGCAGAAGUGGACUCUCCAGAACUUUUUAUGGGAAACACCAAGAGAGAAUUAUCACCGGUUCGAUGGCAUGAUAGAGAAGUAGAUGGCGUUUACCUUAAUAAGUCUGGUUGGGUACAAGUUGAGCAACGUUCAUUAGAUGAAAAUCGACGUUUCAGUCCUGCGGAAGCGUCCAAUUUACUACCUAAAAAGCCAGCAGGUAAACUGGCUGAUUACCAUUUCAACAGUGAACCUGCUAAUGAAAGACCUUCUGUACUGAGUUUUCAAUCAAGUGACUACAAUCGAAAAAGUGCCUCGCCUUCACCACCUCCAGAAUCCCCGUCAGUUACACCAAUCAUUUCUCCACCUCCCGCGUUUCAAGAUAAAGUUGAGAAAGGUUCUCUUAUAAGGAGGAGUAGAACGUUCUUCGGAAAAGCUCCUUUCUUACCUCGUUCUAAUGCCAUAGAAGACAGUGACGGAAGUCCACCCUCGACACCACAGUGGAAAACAACAGGCAAAAUUCCACCUUCUCCUCUAUGGAAUCCAAGUGGUAAACCUAUUCCAUCUCCCCAGUGGAAACUAGAUAAAAUGGGGAAAUCGACUCCAUUAUUACGUAGUGCACGAGAGAAAUCUCCAUCUUCUCCGAGGUGGAAAUCGACUGAUAAUGGACCACCUUCACCGCUUUGGAACGCGAGAAAAUCACCACCGUCUCCUCUAUGGAAUUCUAGAUCAACAUCACCUCCUUCACCUCUUUGGAAUCAAACAAGAAAAUCUCCACCUUCGCCUCUAUGGAAUACCAGUGGAAAAUCACCACCAAAUCCACAAUGGAGAAUCAGUCCACAAUCUACUAGUUCAUUGAAAACUACGCCAGUUGUGAAAUCUGUGUCACCCAUUAUUGAAAAACCGCCAAGAAAUCUAAACAGGAUGCCGCAGACUAAAUCUUUAGAGGAUACAACAACUGGUAGGAGGUCUCAAUUUCUGCAGCAUUACAAGGGAUCUUCCUCUUCUUCGUCCUCUUCCAUGGGUUUCCGUAGCUUAGACAGUAGUUUCAACAGACCUGGUAACAUAAUGCCUCGCCUUUCAGAAAAUACUGAUUCUUCUGUGGAUCAUUACCAAGACGCUGACGAGGAGGACAAUAACAGCUCUUCUAUAAAUAUUAGCAUGUUACCUAUAGCCAGACCAAAUACUAACCGCGAACGCGAUAAACCCCCAUUGUUACGAGAAAAAACAAUCUCGCAACAAUCUCGAGAAAAAAUUAAUACAACACAAGUACGCGCCGAUAGAAUAUCUCCGUCUGGUCGAACUAAUCGCCUACACCAUCGAUCACAAUUAAGGAGAUCUCCUGCCGGUUCGGAUAGUAAUAAAACGGUCGAUAGUUCAUCUAGUAGUAGUGACGAGUUUGUUUCGAAAUCUCCACCGGGGCCGCCGAUACCGCAAGCUGCUAGGAGGAAUAUUUCUGCAAGAUCUGUAUAUCAACCAACCAGAGUACCAACAAAAGAAGAUGCUACCGGUAAAGUUAGAAGAUCUCGAAGUCUUCAGCUUCCCGAGAAAAAAGCACAGACUUUCGCAAGAGACGCUCAAAGCAACCAAACCAGAAUUUCCCCACAACAUCCUGAAUCACAUCGAUCUAUUGUAAAAAUAGUUAAUACAGCUGACAGAUCUAAGAAACACAGUCAGAGUGUUCAACUACAUUCGAUGGAAGGAGAAAAUCUCACUGAAGAAAUGUUGAGAGAAGCUGAAAUUGUUACCGAUUUUGUAUAUGGCAGCAGAUCCCGAGCGGAAGCUCAAGCUCUAUUAAAUCAGAGGUUUAACAGCGGUAUUUCUAAAGAAGAGAAGAGCAAAACUCCUUCUAAAUCUUAUCUUAACAACGGUGUUACAAUUUACUAUGUCGGAAAUUCCAAAAAAGAAGCUCAAAAAGUUUUGCUUAGAGGAGCGACUAGUCCCAUUCUUUCUGGUUAUGAUAAUAGGAUAGACCAAUGUUGCAGUUUUUGGCCACAGUGCUCUCACAGAGAUUCCAUUGCUGCGAUUCGCCCCUCUCAUAGUUAUCCAACGCAUCAAAGGUCACUAGAUUCUUCCAGAGCGCCCCAGGUCGAAAGAAAAUCCCAAGAUCAGCACAAACGACGUUUAGCAUUAGAAAUGGAGAGGAGAAAACAACAAAGUUGUUUAACUGCCAACGAAAUUCAUGAAAGGCCUGGAACAGAUCGACGUACAAGUCCUAAUAUAUCUAUGAAACGCGAACAAGAUAGCCGCAAAACUUCGCCGAUAAAUCCAAAAAAUCGUACUCCAACAUUCGGCACUGUCAGUGGUUCGUCAUCGGGUAGCGAUGCAUGGUUAACAGCAUCCGCGUCUAUAAAAACUAGUAUGAAAAGUUCGGGUACGUCUUUACAUCGCGACGAAACGUCUGAUGAUUUUAAUAAAGUGCGCGAAACGAUAGUCACGCGUCCAGGUAGUGCUCCUUCCGAUGAAAGAGAUAACAACACUUUGGAAAUGCAACAGAGAUCAAUGUCGUUACCGAAAUCUUUUCUUUCGGCUAGUUACCAGCCACCUGGUGGCACCCUUACGUGGCAAAAGCAUGGAACUGAAAGUGUCGGUUCGUCCCCUGGUUUACCCCGUAAAUUACCCACCCCAGAGCCAUCACUCACUGCCCCUGUGACGCCGCUCCAUGAGAACAACCGUCGCAGGUCUCCGGUGGGCAGUACUACGAGCAGACGUCCUAAAGCCACCUCCACCCCUCAGCUUUUAGAAGCAUCCAGCUCCGAAGAAAAAAGAACGGCUGAAGAUACUGAACAGUCAGUUUGUCAUUCUACUACCUCAGAGAACAAAACUUCCGGAAUGCGCAAGCAAUUAUCAGCUUCAAGCCGAGAAACGGAAAGCGUUAUCCAAAAAUUCCGAAAAACAUUCUCGUUGCACUUUCACCAUCAAAGAAAAUCGAAAAUUAUCGAUUUAGAGAAAGAUGAUCUAGUUUCAUCGCCGCCACCCUCUCUGGAUCUGUGCGAUCCAUCCGAAGAGAUGUCAAUGCCCUCUCACGUGCCGCCUGCGACGGCCACGUGUAGGAUCGAUCCACCGGCAUCCCCCACGCCACCUAGGAUUCCCACACUAGACGACGAUGUCGACGAUUCGACGGGCGAGCAACAAGCGACGUCUGCCGCCUCCAAUGCCGCCAUCGAACAAAAAUACAAGUUUGGUCCUCUAGUAUGGAGGAACAGCAAAGAAAAAAAGAAAUUAACGAAAGCAGCUAGGAAUGCCAAAUGUAAUAGUGGAGAUAGCGGCAUCCAAAUAGAGAUUGUUACGAGUUGUGGGGGUGCGGGAGAUAGCUCCGAGUCCCAUGACACCGAUCCCCCUGGCGAUAUUGACAGUCCUCCUGUUACCCGACGGAGACCCCACUCCGCUCCCAAAGGAUCCAGACCUCAUUCGGAACUUCUUAAUCAAAUACUUAUCGAUAAAUUCAAGGCUGAUUUAAAACAACGUGCUCACGCUAAGCACCAACAAGUUCGUAGAACUAGGUCAGACUUGGGAGGACGUCGUAUUUUAAACUGGGACCGCUCUUUCGGUAGAAUAUUUUCUUCACCGGGACCUCCAAAUAUGCAAAGUCGUUCACAAAGCCCAAGAAAAAAACCACCUGAUACGCCGCCCGACGGAGUUGUUUUGCGAAAUAGCAGUGGUCUAGGACGAAGAGGAACCUUAAGAAGAUCUCUGAGUCAACCGUUAGACAUCGAUAAGUUGUCGCCCUUAAUAAGAGCAAAAAAUGGUGGUAUGAAAUUAGGAUUCCAUAUGGCCAGUGACGACGAACGCCAAGGAACUUCUGAUGAUGAAAUGAUGUCAGAUUCUGAAUCUUCAUUGGCAUCUUUAGUUGAUAGAAAAAAAUCUCUUGAUAUGGCUAUAGAUGAAGAGAUGAUUAUCUUAGCUGAGGCUGUUUUUGAUCACGUGGCGAUUGAAUCCGAAGAACUAGCAUUUCGAGCUGGAGAUGUCAUAGAAGUUGUGGAAACUGCCAACAGAGAUUGGUGGUGGGGUACAACCAAUGGAAAAUCCGGCUGGUUCCCUGCUCAGUUUGUGAGAUUAAGAGUGAGCCAGGAAGAUACUGUUGAAGAUUGCCUUGCCGCAAUGGCUUCGGGAGAGCGGAUGCCAUGUCAAAUACGACGUAGGACUAGUAUUUCUCUUUUAUCAAACGACCAAGUGAGAACAAGUGUGGUGCGGGAACUGGUGCAUACUGAACGCGAUUUCGUUAAAGUGUUACAAGAUGUUGUUGAGGGUUAUAUAGCCGAAUGCCGUAAAAGAACUGAUAUGUUUAGUAAAGAACACAUAGAUACGAUUUUUAUCAAUUUAGAAGAUAUACUGACAUUUCAGUUGGGUUUUUUAAAAGACUUAGAGGGAUGCAUUGAGUGGGAUUCGCCGUACAAAAGUUGUGUAGGAUCAUGUUUUUUAAAACACCGUUCAGGUUUCAAAAUGUACUCUGAUUACUGCAAUAGUCAUCCAAUAGCAACAGCUACGUUACAAGAACUGUAUCAGCUUCAAAAUUACAGUAAGUUCUUUGAAGCCUGUAGACUAAUGAGGGGUUUAAUAGAAAUCCCCCUGGAUGGUUAUCUACUAACUCCUAUUCAAAGGAUUUGUAAGUAUCCAUUGCAGCUGGCCGAACUACUUAAAUAUACAAAAGCCGACCACCCUGACUAUAAUGAUAUUAAAGAAGCCUUAGAAGCUAUGCGUGGUGUUGCGAUGCUUAUUAAUGAAAGGAAAAGAAGGAUGGAAAGCUUGGAAAAAUUGGCAGCUUGGCAACAGAGAGUUGAAGGUUGGGAGGGUGAAGAUCUUAUAGAAAUUAGUUCUCAACUAAUACAUCAAGGGGAAGUAGUAAAAGUGACGACUGGUAUGUGGACCAAUAAUAUUACCUUAUUUUUAUUUGAUCAUCAAAUCGUCUAUUGUAAAAAGGAUAUUCUUAAAAGAAAUACGUAUGUAUAUAAAGGAAGAUUUUGUUUGGAUACUAGUGAAGUAAUUGACGUACCUGAUGGAAAAGAUGCUCACUUAGGUGUUACUGUGAGACACGCCAUAAAGUUAUACAGUUUAAUACGUGAUAAAUGGUUAUUGUUCUGCUGUCGAUCUUCCAAUGACAAACAAAGGUGGUUGAAAGUGUUUGCAGAAGAAAGAAAGUUAGUUGCUCAAGACAAAGAUGACGGUUUAGACUUUCCUCCUUCAACGAGGCAUUUAGCAAGGAUAUCUGCCAGAUCGAAGAGGAGACCUCCUCGAAAACCUAGAAAUGGUAAAAAUUACAAACACGAUUCAGGUUAUAUGGGAUCAACUCUGCAACUAAAUUCAACUUCGAAUAAUUCUUUAGGAAGAAGAGUAGGGACUUGGUUCACAUUUGCACACAAAAAGACGAGGCAUCAACAUUCAGAUGUUUCCUGAGAUAAAAAUACUUUAUUAUAAUACCAUCCAAACUGAGUACUAAUAAUCCAGUUUUUGGAUUGUAUUACAGUAAAUACAUUUGUUGUUUGUAGAUAGAAUACCAUACUUAUUGAUUUUAAUGCUGAAAGCAAUUGAAAUUUUGAAUUGUAGAACCUUUAUGAAAAUUAUUUUCUAAUGCUAUCCUUCAAAAUAUUACAGAAAUUACAUGACGGAUUAAAUAAACGAUGGCUAAUUCGUUUGUGUAAAUUGUUAUAUAAUUAUUUAUUCAGAGAAAAUGUAAAUUUUCAGUUUACUGAACAACUUUUCUUGAGAUUCCAUUCAAACAAUUGCUAUAGCAUUACAAUUCACAUAAUUCUGUUAAAUAGCAUCAAAUGCAAUACAUAUAGUGAUAUUGGCUACUGCCGAAUGUGCUGUGCAAAAUGAUUAGGAACUGUUUGUAAUUGAUCAGUUGUGAUUUUAAAAUUAAAACUUCCUCAAUAGUAAAUACUAAAAUACCAUUUUAACAUUGAUAUAAAUAAUAUUUAAAAUAAGUAAAUAUGGAUUUAGUCCAAAAAUUAAAUAGUUUGUAUUAUACUAAUAAUAGUAGUUCCUGUAGAAUUAUAAUUAUCCAUAUUUUAUAAACACAACUGAAAAAUCAAUUCAAAUAACAGUAUUUAUUCGAUGUAAAGGCCUAAUUGUAAAGUGUAUAUAUUAAAAUACGAAGCAAGGCCUCUAUAAUCUAUAAAAUUUCUAUUUAAAACCCUUCUUUACCUAAAAUACUGACUGAAAACUGUUCAUGUAUACUCUUAUCGCAAUUGUCGUAUCAAAUAUAUACUACGCACAAAAUAACUUUAUACAAUAUAGAUUGGAUUCGACCAAAGAAAUAAUCAAUAAUCAGUUUUAUUAAAAAAUAAAAAAGGUUCUGAGCUAUUUAAUAAUCUGUGACAAUGUCUACGCUCCAAUGAAUAAUUUGAUAAAAUUUGGGUUUGUAUUAUAAUUAUUUCACCAAUUUCAGCUUGCUCAUUGGAAUUAAACUAUUGUUACAUAUCUCGUAUUCAAUAAAUAUUUUUGAAAUUCUAUAGAACGAGCUCUAGUUAUUUCAACAAAAUAAAUUUUAGAUUAAAAUUAAAAUCACCAAACAAUGAACAAGAUUGAAAGUGGCCCAAAGGAUAAAAUUCUAACCAUAACAAAAUUAUUUGGUAUGGAAAUAAUUGACUGCAAAUGCAAUAAUAAUCAAGCUACCAACCACUUUAUUCCUGACGAGAACUGAAAAAGUGCUGAAUAAAACAGACUAAUCUUACCAAUCAAGAAUAUACAGCCUUGCCAAUCAAUCAAUACUCUGUUUUUAAGCUAUGAGGAGUAAUUUGAAUUUAACUGGUAAUUCUGUAAAUUUCUUAUUACAGAUGAUGUUACUCAGCUCUUGUGACAUAAAUGAUCUAACUAUUAGGUAAAUUGUGCCUGUUUUGUUAUUUCUUGUCUUCAUUUUUAUGGUUUUAUAAAAAUAUUAAAACAGAUCUUAUAUGGACUCGAUAUUAUUCUCAAUACUAGUAGAAUUCUAAUUCAUUCCUCUAAAAAUAUGUGUUUUAGCUUAUUUAUGAUUUUGUGGUUCAUUAUUUGAUGACUACAUAAUUUUACUACGACGACUAGUAUCGUACUUCAUCAUUACCAGUUUAGAAAUUUUUAAGUGUGAUUCGGGUUUCUUAAAAAUGGUUCUUUUAAUUAAAAACAGAUAAUAGUUUAAAUUCAGGGUAUACCACAAUAAGAAUCAGCAAAUCUACAUAAGUUUAAUUGGUUCUCGUUUUCAUAUCAGUAGCAACCAUCUGGAACAAAUGAGGAAACUGUUUAAAUUUUUUUUUCAAUGGUAAUAAAUUAAUGUAAUAUUUAAUGAAAUAUGUAAUUGAUUAUUUUUUCUUACUGACUCCUAUACUCAGCUAAAAUGUAAUAUACUAUUUCUUUACAAAUUACUACCAAUUUCAAAUUCUUAAACCAACAGAAAAACUAUUGGUUGCCAUUAUUACAUAAUGAAAGUGUUAACAAAUAAAUCACAUUUUCUAUUUUCGAGAAAUUAUAAUGAAGGAAUAGUAUUGAGUUUGCAUUGUAUCUUCAGCUUAUUUGAGUUUUCUGAAAUUGAAAAGUUGCCAGUUUUCGAAUUAUGUCCUUUGCUAUUCAAACGAAAAUAACUAAUGUACGAGUAAUAUAACAGAGGUAUUUGAGAUAAAUCCUAAUCUAUACAACGUUUAUUUUGCCCAGGACCUCUUACUACUUAUUAAUACAGGGUAAUUAUUCAGUGAUUGCUUUGAGUGUUGUAUUUGAACUUAUUCCAACUCUUCCAUGUGCCAAAUUUAAUUUUUGGUUUAAAAAUCACACUUCUCUUGAAUUAAUAUCUAAAUUUCAUUAAAUAGUGGGCAUAUUUUAAAAUUCUGUAAACUGUUUUUGAGACUUAAACAUAAAUGUUGUUUUAUUAAAAUUUUCGGAUAAUUGAUCCAAUUACUUUUUAUCGUUAUGGACCAAUAUUUCUAGUAGAUAAACUUUUGAAAAAAUUCUUGGAUUAAGCUUUGAUCUGGGUAUGGUCAAAUAUGAGUAACUAUUUAGGCAAUGGAAAGGAAACUACUCGGAAAAACUAUCUAUUGAAUUAUUAACAGUGAAUUAUAUAUCAUAGUUUAUGAUAUUUAUUUUUUAACAGGCAUUGGAUUUCUUGAAACCGAAAAUUGGGUCAAACACCAAAUCUACGCAAUUUACAUGUUGAUUCUUAAGUAGUGAUCACUGUUAACGUUAAGUGUUCAAAGAGUCGAGUGAAUAACUAAUACAUAUUAAUAUGCAACAUUUUAUCAAUAUAUCCUUCUUGAAAAUUGUACCAUAUCAUGAAGUUCCCUAUCUAGAAAACUGUUUUAUUGAUGUAAUAUUUAAUAAGAAGACGAUACGAUUCAAAGAUUUAUUAAUAUGUGUGAUAUAGUUAUUCUCUUAUAAAAUAUUUAAGUUGACAGGAAAUUCUUGAAUUAGAUUUUCUUUCCAUUGUUAUUUUUACAACUUGUUGAAAAAAGCAUCUUUUGUAAAUGUCAAUUAGUAUUAGUAUCUGUUUUCUAUAUGAAAAACUAUUAGAUUAAGCAAUGUCAUUAAUACAAAGAUCUCAGUGUAAGUGAGGUAUAAAUAACAUAUUGUUUAAAAAAAUGUGAGAUUCAAAUAUUUAGCUUAAGCAUUACAAUUUUCACUAUAAACUGCUUUAUUGUGGCGACAAAAAACGGUCUUAUUUGUUAUACUGUUGUUAAUAUAAAAUCUUCCAUAGAGUGUCAGUUUUUAUAAUUUGUAUAUAUUAUAAAUACAUAACAUUUUUUACUACUUUAAAAACAUUUUAAAAAAAGCGAGAAGGUGCUUACUAAAAUGUACGUGUAUCUUGUUUAACUUGCUUCUGUCUAUCUAAACAUAAUGUUUUUUAUAUAUAAUCUAAUGCGUAGUCGCUGUUUUGAGGAGAAGCUUCUUUCAUAAGAGGCAUUCACCAAUAACAUUCUAAUAAUCCAGUUCCAAUUGAAAUUUGAUUGAGUAGUUACUUUUAUUUAGUUCCUACAAUAGGACAUUAAGACUGUCCUGCGAAUUCGUUAGUCGCCCACUCACUACCACACAUUCUUUUUAUCAAACAAGCAUUUUGAUAGAAUACAUCUAAUUAGUUAUUCAUUUAAUACAUCAGCAUUUCAAAAAAAUCGAUAAGAUGGUUACUAAAAUGUAGUUCUUAAUAAUAUAGAACUUUCAGAGGUGUAUGUCGUUUGACGUGCUCUGUCUAUCAAAAAAUAAUUUUUUUUAUAUGUAAUCUAAUGCUUAGUUGCUGCUUUGAAGAGAAGCUUCUUUCAUAAGAGGCAUCCAUCGAUUACAUUCUAAUAAUCUAGUUCAAAUUAAAAUUUGAUUGAGUAGGUGCUUUCAUUUAAUUCCUACAACAGGAUAUUAAGAAGAAUUCGAAUUCGUUAGUCGUCCACUCACUACCACACAAUAUUUUUAAGAGGCAAAUAUUUUGAUAAUAUACAUCUAACUAGUACUAUUAACUAUUAAUAGUAACAUACUAUUGGUAGUAAUUAUGACGGUUGUAAUAUAGGCAUCUACUGCUUUAACCUUGUAAUUCAGUUAACCCGGAGUAUAUUUUUCCUACAUAAGAGUAUAAUACAAAUAAGGCUACUGCUGGUUAAUAAUUAUUCUCCGAACCCCAUCAAUGUAUUAAUGAAGCGUGUACUCAAAUUAGUUUGGUUAUUAUAUCAUAGCAGUGACUUAACCGCAUAAAGUAUUGCAAUUAUUAUGAUUAAAGUUACCUGUUGUAAAACCUGACACUUUAAAUUGUUGCGACUUAUAUCAAGAGUAGUUUGUUUCCCAGUCCUAAAUAAUCUUUUCUAGAUUUCCCUGCAUUGUUAUUUGUCUUGUUAAUAGACUGAUAGAGUAGAAACAUAUUUAUCCAAAUAGUUGUUUGAGUUAAUAUUUUUAUACACCCUAUUUGGAAAGUUAUACAGGAAUUAUCUACAUUCGAUGCAAAAUUCUGAACAGAGGAAAAAUUAAAAGUAUGACUAGAUUUGCUAUUAUUACAUUUAAUCAAGAUUCGUCCAAUUUUUUGACACAAACUAGAGGGAAAAUAGUAAUUUUAAAAGAUAUAUUGUUUUAUAUUGGUUUAUUUCUUCUAACAAAAAAAGACCUGAUAUAAUAAAAUAAGAGGUUGUAUCAGUGGAAAUUUGAAAUUUUUUUUUCUCUCUGUAAGGCAUUCUGUUUUUUUAAUCUCUCGACUAUUUUUAAAAAUUGACCUUCACUUUCUGAACGAGAAAUCAAAUUUUGUUGAAAAAUGUCAAUCGGCAGGACCACAUUUAAUUUAAUGUGUAUGUAUGUCCCAAUUCCAGCAAUUCAAGUCGUAAUAUAUGAUGCAGGUCAAAACAAGCUAAGUGGGUAGUAGAAAUUAUUUAAAUAUAAUUUUGAUAAUUACUAAUUCAAUCAUUAAAAUAGAAUUACAUUUAAAAACCAUGCGAGAAUAAUAUAGUAGAUCAGUUAUAAAAUAAACGAUUCAUUUGUUGUUUAUAAUUUCGCAGCGGAUUUAGAGCAACUCCUGCAAAUGGCACAAGUUAUUGUGCUUUGUUAUAAAAAAAGCGACUAAAGUGUAGUAAACAUAACUAUUAAAACAUAAAUAUAACAUAGAACAAAAACGUUCACGAUGAUAGGUAACUUUCUAAAUGAUAUAUGUAUUUACAUAUACAUCGUGUUGUAAGUACUAAUAUGCGUGUAUAAUACCGGUCAUCAAAUAUCUAAAAUGUUAUGACAGAUGUUCUUACAUAAUCAACUUACAAUAAACCUAAAUAACGAAGAACCCAUCAUUGAGAAUUGUACACAGUUGUACUAAAUAUAAUAAGCGAAGAUAAUUUCGGUAAAAUAAAAUACCAAGAUGAAUUUUGUUAAGUGUAGUUUGAGAAGUAUUUGUCAAAAACAUUGUUUCCUGGAUAGCAUCUCUUCUGGAUAUUCCUCGACUACAAAAUCGGUUAAAAACAGUUACAAAAACUUUUUGAGCAUAUCGCACCCCUAUUUCAAUAGUGCCAUAAAUUCAUGAAGGCGAAUUUUACAGGGAAACCAAAACAAAACAAGUUAAUUCUGUACUUAGGCGCAACAAAUUCGGUGCACAUACAGUUCGAAGAUGUCUUUACCUGAUUAGUGAUGUAAAAUCUACAGGCAGCUUUAAAAUUUUUUUACACUACUGGUGAUAAGUUUAUUUAGUCUUAUUGAGUUAGAGGAAUAAAAUGAAAUACGACUUUAUAUGUAUUUUAUAUAAGAAAAUAACACAAAACUAUCAAACCCAAAAGUGUUUAAACUAAAACUUGCCGAUUUAUCUAAGAUUCGUUACAUUAACUUCUUUAACCGGCGCUACGGUACUUUGAGAACCAGGGCUUUCUCAAAAUCGUCUAUUAAUCCUUUCUGUCCUGAGCAUGAUGCUUCCAACAUCAAAUCCCUAGCUGGAUAAGAUCCGCCUCAACAUGCUCUAAACAUCGAAGGCGCGUUCUUCCUCUUAAUCGCCGUCCUUCAGGAACUCCAUACAUGGCUCUGCGCGGUUAUCGAUCAGAAGGCAUCCUCUCCACGUGUCCCAGCCACCUCAGAUAAACGUCAGCAAAUCUGGCUCAAUAUACAUCUCUCUCAGCACAACAAACAGGGCCCGAAAUCUUUCGUAGUAUCUUGCGUUCCCAAUAGUUCAAAAUUAGCUGACUUAUCGUCACAGUUGAUGUUUCGCAUCCAUCAUUAUCUUCAGUUAUUAAUGCCUCAAGAUAUUUGGAUUGGUGACAUACGGGGCGAACUACUCAACCGCUCCUUAGAGGGACGAAGUGAUUCGUGCCAUGAUGUUAACAUCAUCCGCAUAGGCGAGGAGCUGUGUGAGCCUAUUGCAAAUAGUUCCUCCGGGAUUCGUUGGGAUGCUCCUUCCGGCAUCUUCCAGUGUGAAAUUGUCGAUGGUGGGUCUCCCUGACGCAAGUCUGUGUUCACAGUAAAAACUGUGCCUAGAGACCCCGAUACCUUCACUCUGCCAGAGGCGUUACAUUUACACAUUGUUCAUAUUGUUUGAUUCUAAACUGUUUUGUUCCGAAUAUAGGAGUGUUAAGGUCAAAACUGCUUCUGCCGAGGUUUAAAACGUUUAUUAUGUUUUUAGAAAUGAUUGACGACUUGAAUCUGUAUCUCCAAAAAUUUGGCAAUUAAUAUGCUCCUUAAGUAGAAUUACAAGAGUUAUGAACAGUUAUCGUAUUUUUUCAAUCGUUACCAAGUAAAAGGUGUGUAGAAUUUGUUGCAUCUAUUAGUUAGUUCAAACCACUUAAUUGCUAAUACAAAUGGUUUGAUACAUUUUGGUCGCUCUUAACUUUACUUGUUAGCAAAGCUCUCUCAAAGUUGAAUUUUACAUAAUAUACCAAUGUACGAAAAUCGAUGUAAUAAACUUAUUUUAUAUGAAACAA